GUGGCUUGAUUUGUAUCGAUUUUCGAUUUUAAAAUUGAAUUUAUUAUAAAACAAAAACAGUUUUUUGAGAUAAAAGCACUUUAUAAGUUUACCGACUAAGCCUAAGACAAUGGAUUUCAGCUUAAAAUACCUCUUCUGUUUAUUAGUUUUAUCCGUUUCAGUUGCGUAUGUACACUCUAUUAACUGUUACCAAUGUACGGGGACAAACUCGAGCGAUCCUUUCGAGUGUAACGAAUAUUUAGACACAGAUUCGAAUAUAUUACCGAAAGAUUGUGAAACGAUACACGACGCCCAGUUUUGUAUUAAACAUGUGGGGAGAUUCGAAGGUGGCAUCAUUUCUUGCUAUCAAUGUAAUUCUUCUUCGGAUAUGGAAUGUGGUGACGGACUAAUGAACUUAGAUAAGGGAAUAUUGACACCGCAGCUUUGUGAUCAUGUUUACAACGCUCAAUUCUGUAUUAAGCAAAUAGGUGGCAUAAGUACAAAGAGAUAUUGUUCUUCGUUGGAUCUGGGUAAUUAUUGUAACUAUGUUCAGCAGCCAGGCGACAAGUUGGAAUACAGAACAUGUAUUUACACCUGUAGUACUGACGGGUGCAAUUCUGCAUCAGCUGUAAGGAUUUCCACUAUAUUCCUUAUUCUGUCAUUCCUAUUCAAGUGUUUAUAUUGAUAUUUAGUAUGUAGCAGUGACAUUUAGGCUCAACUUACACUGAGGCAGAGUUGGGGCGUCGUGACGCGUUACUUUUUUUUUUCGCCUACAGUAUAUUCAUCUCUAUUGUUCUACUAUUUAAGCAAAAAUUCUGCAACGAAACUGAGAGCGCGCGUCGACGCGCGCAUUCGCUCAUUGAGGCUUCCAUAUUUUCAUAGCAGAAAUUUGUGCUUAAUUAACCCAUCGAUUGUGGAAUAACGAGACACAAUAGCUUAUCUAUUGUUAUCGCGGCCGGAUGCGGCCGCUUAGGGCUAAAAUAAUAGAGAUGAAUAUGCUUUGGCGAAAAACGUGACGUGUCGCUUCGACUUGGCCUCAGUGUGAGAUGAGCCUUGAAAUAUUAUAUAAUAUUAUUCUUAUAAGUAAGAGUGUGAGUCUCUUAGUUUAUAAGAAUAUAAUAUUAUAUAAAUAGCACAUAACAAUUCAGUUUGCUGACUUGCUGUGUGACUUUUCCAAUGUGUCCAACAAAGACAGCCAAACCUUUUAUAGUUUAUAACUGUAUAUUUUUAUUAGUAAAAGGGUUAGGCAUUCUAUAGCACAGGGGUCAUCAAAUGGCGGACCGCGGUCCGCAUCCAGACCGCCGACCCAUUGUGUGCGGACCAAGCAUGUUCGAUGAUGAACUUCGUUAAAAAUAAAUUUCGGUCUCGACUUUGUGCAAAUCAGUAAUAAACUGAUUUGCACCAAUUCACUCCAAACUUCAGAUAGAUAAUUAUCAUA